AUGAAGCCGCAGGCCCGGUCAAAACUACCCAAGAAGAGGCGCCGCGUGCUACCAGUCGAGCAACCCCGCCGAAAGCGCGACGCUGGCGCCUCCAACCGGCGCGUGAAUGCGGUGAAACAUCCCGUGGUUCUGAAGGAACUGUCGCCGGGAAGCAACAAGUUUGGAGUGAACGGCAUGAACAUGAUCAGCCUGGCCCUGCAAGGCCCUCCGAACCUCCUCCGGCCGCCGGCGGCCGCCGCCCAGCCGUUGCAAGCCCGAGCGCCAAUCGUCGAGAGUCCAAUCAUCAACACGCAGUCUGGGGCCAUAUCCUUAGCGUCAUUGCAACCACCUCUGAUGACCGCCCCACCCCUGCAACCAAGACCUGCAACCACCGGCUCCCUAGACCUGAUGUUACCACUGCAACCAAAGUUACUGCCCGGUUACAAUCUUCAAUCAUCAUUCUUGUCCAGCACCCUGUCGACCGUAAGACCACCAGAUAAGGAUGAAUUCAAACCUAGUGUAGAUGUGAUAGUUGAGAAAGGAGAGAGCGUUUCAGAUUGCUCAGCGCGUGAUAGUAAUGUAGACGAAAAGAGUUGUGAAAAUUUAGAUAGGAUAUCUGAUGUCCAAAUCAGCGUAGAUAGUGUAGAUGCAAGUGAAGAUUAUAACGUAGUUAACGAUGCAUACAAUUCCACUGAUAACGAUUCUUACAAAGAUGAAAUCAAUUCGAAUGUCAUUGAAACGAAAACAGUCGACACAAGCAUAGUUAGUAGCUCGAAUGAUAAUAGCCCUAACAACAAUUCUUAUUAAUUUGAUAAUUAAUGUUUAUGAAUGUAAAAUAGUUUAUCUAGUUGUGAACCCCAUAGUAUUACGAUGUCUCCCACUAGGUUAUUCAAGAAAUAAAUUUUAAUGUUACAAAAAUCUUCUAAAAUUUUAAUAAUAAUUUAUGUACCGUUGCGGGGCUAAUUCCUGGAAUCUUUACUAAAUAUUGAUUUAU